AUGGCUGACGAGUAUGUUAAAGAACUGCGUCACUCAGCGUGUGGUCUUAGCUUGCGUGAGCACCAAAUUGAUGGCUUAAAAACGAUUCUCCAUUGGUUCCAAGAUAAGCAUGGCGGGAUUGUUGCCGAUGAGAUGGGUUUGGGUAAGACAUGCCAAGCGGUUGCCGCCAUCGCAUGCUUGCUUAGCCGUGACCGAGCCGGUCGACAUUUGGUUAUUUGCCCACUUUCUGUGAUCGAACAUUGGCAGAAUGAAUUACAGAGAUUUGGAAUUGGAAAAAUUCAUUUAGUGAAAUAUAUUGGGAAUGCAGAUCAGAGAGAAGCAAUACGUGAGAUGUUAAGAACUGAUAAAAAGUGGAAUGUCAUGCUUACGACAUAUGAGAUGCUAAUCCGUGAGGAGCAAUAUUUCAAGCGAAUCUGGUCGACAGUGUUUGUGGAUGAAGCGCAUCGUUUGAAAUCAAACAAAUCCAUUCUACAUAAAAUUAUACAUAAAAUGCACGUCGAAUUCACUGUACUUUUGACUGGAACACCUGUUCAGAACAACCUUAACGAGCUCUACUCACUUUUAUCAGUAAUUGAUAGCAAAAUUUUUCCACUGGAGGGCGAAGAUCAGUUUAUUGCGAAGUAUCGGAAUACUGCCGAUCGGAAAGUUACCGACGAGCUGCAGCAGUUGCUUUCCAAGUACAUGUUUCGUCGAACCAAGGAAAUGCUCAGUAUUGGAAUACCUGAUAGUUCUGAACUUAUCAUAUACCAUCGAAUAACGGAAAUCCAAAAAAAUCUUUAUCUUGCCACACUCACCAAAAAUUACGAGUUUUUUGAAAGCAUGGAUGUCAGAAAAACUCAGACAUCCGGCAGCAAGAUGUCUUUGCUCAAUAUUCUGAUGCAGUUGCGCAAAUGCGUCGCCCAUCCAUAUUUAUUCGAUGGUGUUGAGCCGGAACCAUUUGAAGAAGGCAAUCACUUGUUCGAAGUUAGCGGGAAAUUUUUCUUGCUCGAUCGUUUGCUUGCUUUUUUGCAUCAAAAAGGACAUCGCUACAGCUAUCAGCGCUUGGAUGGAAGUGUGAGAGCGGAGGAGCGUUUUGCAGCAAUAAAUCGUUUCCAGGGUGAUCCAGAAACAUUUUGCUUUCUUCUGUCAACUCGAGCGGGUGGCCUUGGACUGAAUCUAACGGGGGCCGACACUGUGAUUUUUCUGGACUCAGAUUUCAAUCCACAAAAUGAUAUCCAAGCUGCAGCACGAUGUCAUCGAAUUGGGCAGACAAAGUGA